UGGAUUUUCAGGUUUCUACUCGUGGAGUGUUAAAUAUAGGAGGGUGUAUAUUGGCUUGAGUCGGUCUGCGUCUCAUUUUCACCAUAUGACCACGUUAAUGUAGAUCUGUAUGUUCAACUAUACUGUUAAGUAUGACUGAAAGCUCAGCAAACAAAUCGGCAAAUGGGGAAGUUUGCCAGCAUGCUAUAAACGGUAUAAAGCCGCGGAAGAACGGUUUCGUGAAGAACAAUUACCUCCACCAACAGCAGAAGCCCAAGUAUUGCUACCCCGAGGAGAAGGUCCAUCAUAUUGCAUGCAAUGGAGGAUUGUAUAGCCGGCUUUUCAAUGAAUCGUUUGAGGAGACUCCCAUGCUGGUUGCUGUCCUCACGUACAUGGGUUAUGGCAUUCUCACAAUAUUUGGAUAUCUUCGGGAUUUCCUGAGGCAAUGGAAAAUCGAAAAAUGCCACAUUGCCAGAGAAAGAGAAGAACAAAAGGACUUUGUACCGCUCUAUCAGGAUUUUGAAAACUUUUACACUAGAAACUUGUAUAUGCGAAUUCGGGACAGCUGGAACCGACCCAUAUGCAGUGUUCCAGGGGCCAAAAUGGAUCUGGUGGAGCGAGUGUCCCAUGACUACAACUGGACCUUUGAAUACACAGGCAAAGUGUUGAAAGAUGUUAUCAACCUGGGCUCGUACAAUUACCUGGGCUUUGCUGAGAACUCUGGGGUGUGUGCUGAUGCUGCUGCAGAGGUGACCAGAAAGUACGGAGUGGGCGUAGGCAGCACCAGGCAGGAGAUGGGUAACUUGGACAGGCAUGAAGACCUGGAGAAGUUGGUAGCAAAAUUCCUGGGAGUGGAGUCUGCCAUGGCCUUUGGUAUGGGUUUUGCAACCAACUCCAUGAACAUUCCAGCACUUGUUGGCAAGGGCUGUCUGAUCCUGAGUGACGAGCUGAACCACGCCUCCCUGGUGCUGGGAGCCAGACUGUCCAGGUCCACAAUCCGUGUCUUCAAGCACAACAACAUACAGAGUUUGGAGAAGCUCCUUAGAGAUGCUAUCGUUCAUGGGCAGCCACGCACUCACAGACCCUGGAAGAAGAUCCUCAUUGUGGUGGAGGGAAUCUACAGCAUGGAAGGCUCCAUCGUACGACUUCCUGAGAUCAUCGCCCUGAAAAAGAAGUACAAGGCCUACCUGUACCUGGACGAGGCCCACAGCAUUGGAGCGCUGGGUCCCAAUGGGAGAGGGGUGGUCAACUACUUUGGGCUGGACCCCAGGGACGUGGAUGUCAUGAUGGGGACUUUCACCAAGAGCUUUGGGUCAGCUGGGGGAUACAUUGGAGGAAAAAAGGAGCUGAUAGACUACCUCUGUACACAUUCUCACAGUGCUGUCUACGCCACGUCCAUGUCACCCCCCGUGGUAGAACAGAUCAUCGCUUCUAUGAAGUGCAUUAUGGGAGAGGACGGGACCACUAUUGGCCGGGAGCGGAUUCAGCAACUGGCGGAGAAUACGACGUACUUCCGUAGAAGACUCCAGGAAAUGGGCUUCAUCAUCUAUGGGAACGCCGACUCCCCCGUGGUUCCCAUGAUGCUCUACAUGCCAGCGAAAAUCGGUGCGUUCGGGCGGGAGAUGCUGAAGAGGAACAUCGGGGUGGUGGUGGUUGGGUUUCCAGCAACGCCGAUCAUCGAGUCCAGAGCUCGCUUCUGUAUCUCUGCAGCACAUACCAAAGAAAUGCUGGACAUGGCAUUAAACAUGAUCAGCGAGGUGGGCGACUUGUUGCAUGUGAAAUACUCCCGACACAGAAUACUUCCCUCGCUGGACCGAUCCUUUGAUGGGGAGACCACAUACGAAGAGAAUGAAGAUUGAAUGUCUUCCACUGCAACCAAAUGUGCACUGCUCGUCUGAAGCACUCUGUGAAAAUCCACAGAACCACUUAAUAUAUAACCUAAGCCCCUUUUAUCAUCCUUAUUUUAACACAUGGAGCUCAUGAUGGCAAGGCAGUGUGCACAGAGUGCUUUCUGUUCUUUUCUUUUUGUCUGAAGCACUGUUUGGUUUGUGUCUUAACUUAUUGUGGCCUUUUGUUUAUUUUGGGGACUUUGCAGAAGACGGGUUGUCAAUGUGUUUGUGUGCCCAGAUUGUGUUUGUGCUAUAUUAACUCUGAACCUCUUGAAUUGGCACAUUUUAAAAAGGGAGCCUAGAAGGAAAAAGAAUAAAUUGAACACCCAAAUACUUUUUAAAUGAAUACAGCAACUGCUGUCCAAAAACCACUGAAGUUUAUACGUUUUUGUUUCCAUAUCAUUGCAGGUGGACUUUUGUUCAUCUAUCACAUAUCAAAUUGGCAACUUUCCGUUUUGUCUUUUUGUAUAACUUAAAUUUCUGCUAGGACCAAUCUCUUAACUUGAAUUGAGGCAUUACCUUUCUUACUUUACCAAAGUAUUUAUUUUUUUUAGAUGGAAAGCAGCUUUGGGUAAUGUCAAUGCAAAUGACUCCUCUGUGAACAGCUAUACAAAGCUGUCAGAAUGACUUUCCAAAUGAUUCCACUUGGAGCUUUUUGAAAAUGGCUAAGACCUGUUAAGUCAUUUUUAUUCUGUUUUCAAAAAGAAAUGAUCGGUGUGAAUUAGCUGUAUUUCUGUUGGGGACUGAUAUAUUUAAAGUGCAAUCUUGUUAAGUACUACUGUUUAGAAAGAGUUUUAUUCAUCUUAAAUUUUAUACUGCUGUGAUAUUUUUUUUAAAGCUUCAUUCUUAUCUGUGCUCAUCUGUAUUGUUUAUCAUUAUGAAAGACACAAGGUGUUUUUAAAAGCUGAAGGAAUGUGAUUUUUUUUCAUUAUCAUGAAGGGGUCUGAAAGUGACUUGCACUUGUUCUUACUUGCCUUGGAUGCAUUCUUUUCAUGUAUAGAUUUAUUUAAGGUGUCUUUACUUAAAUAGACACUUUAUAUUAAGUGUCUUUUUUUCUUUUCUUUUUUUACUGGGCAAAAAUGGCAGCUCCAAACAAACUCUCAAAAUGCAUGCAUGUUUACAGACUGCAUGCUCCCAGUGCAAGUACUACUGAUGGGUAUUUUUAUCAUUUGUAAUCCUUAAAAAUGCAUGUAUGACGUAGUCAACUGAAGCUGCUAGUUUACAGUAAAAGGGUGCUGAAUCGAUCAUAUUUCACUGUUUUGUGACUUGUCUUAAAACCAGGAGUCAUUCCAGAUUUAGUCUUAAAUGACCAGCGUAGUGGUAUGUAUUGGUCUUCCUCCUAUAAUGCAUCAAAAGUAUGUCAAAUGUGUUUGGUCAUUUUUCUCUGCUUUGCUUGACAGGAGAACUUGAAACAAUGUGAAGUCUGACGAUGACCGUCUGACAUAAAAAAGCAAUGAAGAAAAGCAAUGAAUGCCGUAAUGACAAAAAAACGUUAACUCUUACGUUAUAACGUCUAACCAGACUAAAUAACAACUGUCAACUGAAUUGUUUAAGUGUACAAAGAUGUCUAUUUAUAUUAUGAAUGAUAUAAGUCAUUCUGUUCCUUUCUUUAAAGUUGAAAGUUCACUACUGGAGUAAUAUAUUUUCUUUAUUUUUUUUGUAUUGUUCUUUUUUGCAAUAGAAUUUUAACAAUAUGGUAUGCUACUGACAAACGCAUACCUUGUCAAAACUGGAAGGUCAAACUGUCAGGGAAAGUGCAGUGAAUUAAAGGCUUGGAUAUUGGAUUGCUUUUAAAACAUGUUUGUAUUCAAACUUAACUUGCUACCAAUAACGCAUAGAAAUCGCAUACUUUUUGGAUCAAUGCUGUUUGCUACAUCUUGGUGAGUCACUUCAAUUUGCCGUUUCACUUCUUUAAAAUAUUAAAAUAUGACUGAAAAUAA